AUGGCCCCUCGCUUGCGUUCCUCGUCAGCUCCUCCAUCUCCGGGGCUCCUUGGUCCAGCUCCAUCCUUCGACACCCCUUUCUCUUUCAACCCUCCUCUCGCUACACAACCACCACCGAAAAGCCAUCCACACUCCUCUCAAAAUCCUUUAGCUUCUUCUCCUCCUAUUUCCCGACAUGUCGGCGAUUUCUCUAACCCAAAUUCAUCAGGAAGAGCCAAUGGUAGCUUUCAAGCGAAAAAUCAGUCGAGCUCAUGUCCCUCCACCCCGAAAGGUAAAUCCCCCUCUCUUGAUUCCAACUCGAGGAAGGUGACUGAGCAUACGAGUUCCCUCCCGAAGGUGGCUCGGCAGGGGAACGAAAUCCCACGUUCCUCAACGCUAGCUCCAAAGAAUUGGAGCGAGCACCUGUUCCCGGCGUCUCGGAAGAUGCAGAGAUUGGAUUCACCGGAGAUUCAAGUUUCCGGAAUUCCGCUCGUCACGAUUCCAGUGGAAUCUCUCGAAGAAGCUUCUAAGGAAUGGCAGGAUUACCUCAUAGGGCAAUUCUAUGGCUUGCCACCUUCUAUGGGACGAGUGAUAGGCGCAGUUAAUGGACUCUGGGCGAGGCAGGGACCGCGUGUCCGCGUGCACGAUGCUGGAAACGGGACUUUUCUCUUUCGCAUUCCUAGCGCAGAGGUACGGAACAAAAUCCUGGCCCGAAGAAUUUGGUAUAUAGGGCCAUGCCCAAUGUUUGUGUCGUUGUGGAAUCCUUAUCACAACCCCGAUAAACCUCCUCUCCGAUCGAUAGCAACGUGGGUGACGCUGCAUAACGUACCACACAUUCUGUAUAAUUCGGAUUGCUUAAGCAGGAUAGUAACUAGUUUGGGUGAACCUCUCUACAUGGACCGAGCCACUGCUUCUAAGGAGAAUCUUACAGUUGCUAGGAUUUAUACAGAGAUUCAGCUACACCGUCCGCCUCCGAAACACAUUGCAGUACGACUCCCGGACAACAAAGAGCUUUCAAUUGCGGUAGCUUAUGAUUGGUUGCCCCCAACAUGUUCCCUUUGCCAUGAAAUAGGGCAUAAUCAUCAUCACUGUCCUGCCCAUCCGCCGCCCACUCUGAAACAGCAAGUGCCCAGCUCCCCGGACCCAAGGGCCACUGAACUCCCCGAGAAUUGUUUGUCUCUGCCGCAGCAGGUUGCAGAAGAACUACAGAGCGUGGUCAAUGAGGUCAAGUCUAUAGCUUCGACUAACCUCCAGGGUCCAAGCGCUGAACUACAUCAGCGUCCCAUGACCCAAUCAUCAACCUGUCCAAACGAGGAGGUUGCGACUCUAGCUCCCUCCCAAGCAAGUUCUGGGAAGCUUCUAGUUAUUCAGCCCUCAGCCCCAACGACUAAAACAGAUCAACAUAUGUCCCCAGCAAACCCCGGAAAGCCGCAGUCAAACCCAUGUACGAGCAAGGUGCUGGGAUCUAAGCAAAAGGAAGUACAAGCUAACAGUGGAUCGAAGCAGAAAGGCAAGAGCCGCGGCCGCAAGGCCGUGAGAGGAGGCCUUCUAGAGACUCAUAUCCUUGAGGAGAACGCAUAUAGAAUCAGAGCCGCGAUACCACCGGGCUGGAGACAUCAAUGUAACUACAGACAUGGUCAACAUGGGAGGAUUUGGAUUGUAUGGGAUCCUUCAAUCAUUGUUACUAUCUAUCAGUCUUCACUACAAGCUAUCACUUGUGGUGUUCAACAAUUAUGCACCGGCCUUUCCUUUACGGCGACUUUUGUUUACGCGUCGAAUCAGGCUACAUUCAGACACGACCCAUGGAGUGAGCUGGUCUGCUUAGCCUCUUACAAUCCCCUAAAUCAGUCGUCGUGGCUUGUAUUCGGUGAUUUCAAUCAGGCCCUAUAUCUGGAGGAUCGUUCUGAUCUUACCAAUGUGCCAUCACAACGUCAAGGUCGCCAAGAUUUUGCAGCUUGUGUUGAGGAGAUAGGGCUACAGGAUGUGCCUAGCAGUGGACCGCACUUCACAUGGUGCAAUAAUCAGUCAGCGAAUCCGUUAUCAGUGAAACUCGACAGGGCAAUGUGCAACGACCGUUGGUCCGAAACUUUUCCAUCAGUCUAUGCCGAAUACUUAUCCCAGGGACCUUCCGACCACGCGCCCUGUGUGCUGCGAUUCCCAUCAGCCGCGGCUCAGACAAUUAAACUCAAGGAGGUUCAGAACCUGACUCAACGUGUGAAGAUAGCCGGGGAUAAACUAAGGUUGGUCCAAGAGACCGUCCUUCAGUCACCAGGGGCAGAGGCGAUCGAACGGGAAAAGAUGCUGAGGAAAGAAUGGUUGAUCCUAACUUUGGCCGAGGAAAAGUUAUUCCGCCAGAAGUCCAGAAUCAAGUGGUUACAGCUGGGAGACAAGAACACGGGGUAUUUCCACAAGGUGACAAAUGCCAGAAAUGCCCGUAACCACAUUCAUUCGCUUGUUGAUGAAGACGGACAGAAGCUGGAAUCGGUUGACAGCAUCAAAACCCAUGCCGUGAACUUCUAUGCAGACCUGAUCGGAAAGGCAGAUGAAGGGAUCCGACCCCCGUCAGUGGAUACCCUCCGAGCUCUUUUAAGGUACUCUUGCCCUAGUGACAUUGCUGUUGAACUAACCAGAAUUCCCACUCCUGGUGAAAUUGAGCAGGUCCUCUUUGCUAUGCCUGAAAACAAGGCACUAGGGCCGGAUGGAUUCCCCAAAGAAUUCUUCACGGCCACCUGGGAGAUUACCGGUUCAGAUCUCAUCAACUCUGUGAUGGACUUCUUUGUCUCUGGUCGACUAUUAGGGCAGGUGAACGCUACAAUCAUCUCCUUGAUCCCAAAAAAGGCAGGCGCAACUUCUUUAACGGACUAUCGGCCGAUAAGUUGCUGCAAUACAGUUUACAAGAUCAUAUCCACUAUUCUGGCAAAGCGGUUAAAGCAUAUCCUCCAAGCUAUUAUCUCGCCCAACCAAACUGCCUUCUUGCAGGGACGUUUGAUGCUCGAGAAUAUUCUACUGGCCACGGAUCUUAUUCGCGACUACAAUUGUAAGGGAUAG